AGUGUCUUCUUCCCCUCAAAAUAUUUCCAAUUCACUCUCAAAAUUAAGCCUAUUAUGUCAAUGGCUAAAGUUUACCCUACCAAAUCAAACCUAAGUACAAUUUCUUCUUCUUCUUCUUCUUCUAUUAAUUCCUCUAACUGUUAUGUGAGCCCAAGUAGAGAAAUAUUCACUUUGUGGAUGAAAUCUCUAGUCUACCAUGGAAAUGGAUGCACUGUUUACGACUCAAAAGGCCAAAUUAUUUAUCGAAUUGACAACUACAACAUAAAACGUAGCAAAGAAGUCCAUCUCAUGGAUUCCAAUGGCAGAGUGCUCUUUUCUAUUCGAAAUAGGAAAGUUCCAGUUUUUGGACAUUGGGAUGGCUAUAAAUGGAGUUAUGAUGGAGUGACUAGUAAGGAGCUACCAUGGUUUCAAGUGAGGAAAAUUCACAAAGUCCGUAGAGGAGAUAAUACGAGCUAUUAUAAUGUUAUAUUGGGAUGUAAUUCUGAAGCUAGUAGCUAUAACAUUAUCCUUGGCACAACAUCAAUUAAGAUUGUGAACCAAACAGGCAGACUUGUUGCAGAGGUAAAACAAAAACAAGCAAGUUCAGGAGUACUUUUCGGAAAUGAUGUAUUAACAUUGGUGGUGGAACCUCAUGUUGAUCACUCAUUAGUUAUGGCUCUUGUCACUGUUUGUGGUCUCAUCCAUCACAGAAUUUGAUUUUAUUAGUAUCAAGAGUAAUAAGUUUAAUUUUUUCCUAGUCACUUUUUCUGUUUAAUAAUCGUAAUUUCUUGGAAACAGGAAAAAGAGAACUUAAUUAUAGUUUGUACCUUGAGGGAUGAGUUGCUUAGAUGUAAUCGGGUGAUGAAUAUUGAAGUGUACAAUUCUAUUA